GGGGGAGAGAUCAGACGGAAGCUAUGAACACUGCGGGGGCUGCUGCUGCUCAGACGCCUCCGCCGUCGGCGGCGGCAGAAGAUGUAGACUUGGACUCGCUCUUGUUUGUCGGCGCAUACGGGACUGUGCACGCGCUCGAACGCGCCACAGGCAACACGGUAUGGCGGUCGGUGUUGCGCGGCACUGGAUGCGGAUCGGGAUCGCUGGUCACGCUCUUGCCAGCUGUCGUCCAAGGCUUGAUUGUGUGCGGCUGUCGAGGGAAGGUAGUGGCGUUGAGAAUGAAAGAUGGAGUGGAGGUCUGGCAUAACUCGUUACCGAAGCUAAGGUUCGGUAACGUAACGGUGAGCUCGAUGCGGGAACAGCACUCCGCCGCUGCCAAGGCAGCGGCGAACGCUGCUGCGGCUGUUGCGACGGCGGCGGCGGCAGCGGCCGCCGUCGCGCCAAACAACCCGCCAUCGUCCGUCGACGAGGGCUCUGGAGAACGGUCCGGCGAUUCUCGACCAUUGGAUUCGGCCGAUCGAUCUCCUAGCCUCAGGGGAUUCUUGCAGUACCCGUCGCCCGACUCCACGCCGCCGUUGUCGCCACAAGCAUCGACGACUGGGAUGUUGGGAGACUCAGCCAUCUUAGAUGCCGCGAUGCAUCGGGAUCUGUCGGGACUGGCAUUCAUUGCCACGUCGGGAGAAGUUAGGGCUCUGGAUGUCCGACGCGGCGGGGAGAUGGUGUGGAACUAUCGCUUACCGGCGAGAGGGAGUCCCUUCGUCAAUCUGCUGUUUGCUGGGGGAACGUUGUUCGCAGGGGGGGCCAGUUGUGUCAUAGCCUUGGAUCCGCUGACCGGGCAGCAGACAUGGAGGAAUGACCUGUAUGCAAGAUGGCGGACGCGAGUCACAUUGGCAACCGCCACGUCGGCGGCGUGCGAAAGCAGUCAGCCAGUCAUUAGCACCGCCUCUUAAUUAGCACCGCCUCUUAAUUAUGAUAGUAAUAAUCAUCGCAAAAAUCUCUGUUCUUCCUCGACAGAUUGUUGUCGUUUUAUGCUUCGUCAGAAUCUCGUUCGUAUAUCAUUAGACAGAGAAUAGACAGACAGCCAAACAGAUAACACAUUCGAUGGUUAGGGAAAGGUGGAUGGUGGGUUAUAGGUAGGUAGGUAGAGAGAGAGAGAGAGAGAGAGAGAGAGAGGAAAGGAGGCGACGAAAGAGUCUAGAUUUCGGUACUAGUACAGUUGACGGCUCAGAGGGAGCUGAGGUGCUCCUGUGUAUGUGUGAUUAGUUCUGUGGUGAUUGGGUGAUGGAGGUGAAGAAGGUGGGCAAAGCGUUGGUGGUGUAAGCAGCUGUCUCCUGCCGUCACGAUGAAGCAAUGCAAGAC